AUGGCCAGUCGAAAACUCUCCGACGAGCACCCCAAGAAGAAGUUUGAAGUUCCCUCAUCAGCACAUGCAGAUUGCCAGUGGUGGAUCAAGCAUAUCAAUACUCCGGACAAAAUCUUAAUUCCGGAACUGACAUUGACACCUCAAGGGGAACGUUGUGAAAAAGAUUUUCAAGAAAUGGGGUACCCCUCAAGUGGAGUUUUUCGCCACGAGUCAGUCAACGGUUGUUCCAGCUUAUGCGUCAAUAGAGGCAAUCAUUUUCAGCCGAGAUUGGCAAUACAAUCUUGCUCGGGUUUUUCCACUGCCGCCCCUGAUCCCCAGGGUGCUUCGUCAUCUCAACAAGUCGUCUGGGACUUUUCUUGUAGAAGUUCCUCGAUGGGAAGCAGUGAUCUGGAGAAACGACUUGAAGCGACGGGCUCUGGGGGCUCCUUCUCAAAUUCGCAAUUUGAAAGUGUC